AGGCAGACUCGGUGAAGUUCUGAGUGGAUGAAUGAAUGGUGACUCGUCAUCUCUGCAAUCUCCAAUCGAGGAGAAGGCCGCUCUCAUUCGUCCUCAAGAUGACUUCCAGACUCGUUGCCCUCAAAGACAUCCCUUCCAUCAGUGCUCUCUACCGAUCGGGGGAAUUGCGUCCUUCGUCAUCUGCCACUGGGCUGCCUCCAGCAAAUCAGAGCUUCAACGACAAGAUUUGCACCUAUCAAGGUGAUAUCACUGUCCUGCAGGUUGAUGCCAUUGUCAAUGCAGCCAACAAAGGAUUGAGGGGAGGUGGGGGUGUCGAUGGCGCUAUUCAGCGUGCUGCUGGCCCUGGACUCCUCCAGGAAUGUAAGACCUUGGGAGGCUGCCAAACUGGCUCCGCCAAGAUCACAGAUGCCUAUAAUCUGCCCGCAAAGAAGGUCAUUCACGCCGUCGGUCCCAUCUUUGAGGAUCUCGAAGAGUCAGAGCCUUUGUUGCGUGGAUGCUACAACAAGAGUCUGUCACUCGCGGUGGAGAAUAACCUCCGUUCCAUUGCAUUUCCAGCCAUCUCCACUGGUGUCUAUGGCUAUCCAAGCAACGAUGCCGCGCGUGCAGCAGUUGAAGAAGUUCGAGCCUUCUUGAUGAAAUCAGACGGCGACAAGCUUGACAAGAUCAUCUUCUGCAAUUUCUUGGACAAAGACGUCUCGGCCUAUGCCAAACACAUCCCGACCUCCUUUCCCCCAACCGAACAGGAUCUAGCCCAAGCUGGUUCAGAAUGAAGACACCAAGAUUUACUUGAGAUUCCGCUUUACCAACCCUCGGAACUGAGUUCACAUGUCUUUGGAAGACAUACAAAUCUGCAAUGUCAAGGCUCGUCGACCUUUGCGGGAUCUCACCUCGCUUGACGACUCAUAUCAGCCUCAACAGACUUGAAACAGUCAUAGGCAAGGUUCGAGACGUACAGCAAUCUGGCCAUCGUGAUCGGAGAAUAGUGGCAUAUGAAUGACACGGGAAGGUCGAAAUUUGCCCUCGAUGAAAUGCAACCCCAAACUGAACUAGCCUCGAGAUUGUCAUUUCCUUUGUGUGCUCAUGGGAGUGGGGAUAGAGAGCAGUUGGAAUAUUGGACAUAUUAGACAGGCGGUUACGGGCCUUCAAGGUCUCGUCCUGGCUUUUAGAGAGUAGUGAGGCGUCGUAGAGCACUCUUGCUACUAGGCC